AUGGCGUCUCUGACAAGAGCCACUAGCAGCUUCUUGGCUCAGCCCCGCAGGGAACACACCAUCUCAACACUAUGCCUCAAGCUUUAUCUCAUGGGCAACUACUCGCGUGACAUUGGCCUGCUAGUUAGCAAUGCCAUUGACUGCAAGAUGCUAAAAGAUUUGGAACUCGCCAUUUUAACUGAGAUGGAGGUCAAGGACUCCAAAAACGAGGUUAUGUUACGGCAAGCUCGGGAUGUGGAUGGAUUUUUCAGUGAGUACCCUAGUGUUCUUCGCUGCCUCACAAGGCUCCAUCUACAUAAUGUUCGCUUCGCCGAACGCGACAUGAAUCACCUCCUGUUUGAUUGUUGCAAGCAAUUGCUGCACCUUCGUCUGGACCACUGUGACACUGGGGACUUAUCUGUAUGGAAGAUCAAUGCGCCACAUUCGAAUCUCAGAGUUCUAGAAGUCUACUUGUCCUCAUUGAAAAGAGCUGAGCUGCUCUGCCUUCCAAAACUAGAGCGGGUCCGUUGGCAGGCUUGGUUGUUUCACGAGGCCCCCUUGUGUUUUGGUUCUGUCCCGUCACUCAAGGAAUUGUACCUCAAAUGUGAUGCAACUCUCUGUCACCAAGACUUUAGUUUAAGCCAGGUUCUAGAUGGUACCACAAACAUACACACUAUGACCUUAAACUUUCGAGGAGAAAAGAUCUGGAUGCAACCAGAAAGAAAACAACUCUGCACUGCAUUCAACAAGCUAAGAAAGUUGUUUAUUCAUGGUAUCUUUAUAAAAUUUGAUCUGUUACGGACAUUAAAUCUCAUCGAAGCUACUCCAUCUGUUGAGACAUUUGAUGUUGAGAUGUUUGAACAUCCAUGCCUGGAGGGUGAUGAAGCAAGAAUAAGAUGUUUUAGUGCUCAGAGAGUGGAACCUUCAUGGAAGAUUCCUGGGUUCACGAGCUGUCAGAAGUGGCAAUUGAAAGAGUUUCAGUUUGGUGGUUUUAGGCCCCUACUGAAGCAUCACUUGUUAUUUGCAAGUACCGUGAUGGGUCGAGCUCCAGAUCUGAAGACGGUUCUUCUGACAGAUGGUCAAUAUCCAUGCAAGGGCUGUGAUGCAAUGAUCCCUAUACCUCCUCCUGUAGGGGGCUUCUUUCCAAGGGACAGGGAUACACAAGAGGCAAUAGUCAAGCAACUUAGAGAGAUCGUCCAGUCCUCAGCACAGAUAAUUUUCCGUGGUGGUUCGACACACCCCUCUCGAGCCACCUGGUCAUGUAUUUAUUAGCAAGCAGAGUACAAGAGAUCAUGCCAGUUUUAUUAUAUUUUGAACUUACAGAAUCGUAGGAGAGUAAUUCCCUUUGUAUCCUUUAUUAUUUCUCUCUAUCAAUUUUGUCAAA